CCCACCCACCCAAAAAACAGCUGGUAUUGACGAAUGAUAACACAAAAGAGACCCUUUGUAGCAAAAUAUAAUUAUUUUACACCACAAAAAACUUGCAAUUAAAAAAAAAAACUUUAAGAAAAUGGGUUCGUUGUGCUCGUCAUGUUUUGGAGGCAAUGGGGAAUCAUCUAAUCUGAUGCCAUCACCGGAAACUCGACGUCGUCAACAACUUGAAGCAGCAGAACGCCGACGAGAAGAAAAUGAACAUAGAGGCAUUAAAAACCCUGAUAGUGUUCGAAGACAACAGCAACGUGCAGAGGAUUUAGCUAGAAGAGAAGAAGAUGCUGCGCGAACAGGUGGCGGCGCACCAGCAUUAAAGUGGCAAGCAAACUAAGUAAAAAUGCUUAAGGAAGUUUCAGGAACUAACAGCUUUAAGCGCGUAUAAUUCUAAGUAUUCAAAUACGUAAACUUAUGUGCGUAUCAAAAGUGUUUAAAAUUUAAGACAGAUUUACACAUUGUUAUACAAAAUAUUAUACUAAGGGGGAACUUACAAUGCGAUAGAACGCUUUUCUAAAAAUUUUAAUAAUUGUUAAACCUCUUGUUCAUUUUUGUUAAUCCUUCGUAUGCGUUCUAAAGUAAUAUUGUUUAUAAUACAUACUAUAUGAAUAUAAACAUAUAUGUACACAUAAUGUGCUGAUAAUAAGAUUUAAUCCCUCUUUUAAUUUUGUUAUUUCAUACAAAAAUAUUAUUUGUUUAUUAUAUUAUAUGUAUGUACAAAUUUAAAAAAAAAGAAACAAUACCAAAAACUAAUGGAAGUAGACUUUCUAUUUAAUAAACAUUUGCCCGCAUUGCAUUUUGUAAUUUUCUAUCUUUGUAAGCAAUUUGUUGUUAAUAAAUUUAGAGCUAUAUAUGUACUGCCUAUUUUAUUUAUUUCAACUGAUCCCAACCAAGAUAUAAAGAAGCAAUGAACACCUUAAUAUAUAAAUAUCG